GAUUUCUUCACAAUCGUGUAGCCCUCGGAAUGUUUUUGUAACACCAUACACUCUUUAAAAAAACUCGGAACUGAUAACUUCCCAUAAGUCGAUGCAGGGAUGGCCAUGUUACAGUGACCAUAUAGAAGAUUCCCUUGAAUAUUUGAAGAUCCAUGGCAUUCCAGAUCCAAUUAACAUGUACUCUUCCACAAGUGCCUAGAAAAACAGAUCCUGUAAUACAAAGCAUCACAAACAAUGACUUAGAGAAAUUUUGCGAAUUAAUCAAAGGCAGGGAUAUCAAUGGACGGUAUCCUUCUGAAGCCUUGAAUGAUGAUGUUACCCCAUUGGCAGCUGCAGUUAUAUGUAAGAAUGAAGAAAUCUGUUCUUAUCUGCUUGAAGAGUCUGUUGAUCCUAACAUCACAUCAACAAAUGGACUAGCACCUCUACACUACGCUACUAAAAAAGAAGUUCCAUUGAGCAUUGUGAAAAAGAUUCUUGGAGCAAAAGCUGACCCAGAUGGAAAUGCAUUACACUUUUUAACUCCAUUGCAAUUUGCUGUUGAUCGUGACCGUGAAGACAUUGUGAAAGCACUAGUAGAGGCUGGAGCUUCACCAGAAAUUAAUUAUGGGUGCAAUCCAGAACUUGAUAAAAAAGUGGAGAGUAUGAUUCAUCGAUUAUCUUUACAGAGUGAAAAUUUUGAGAAAGUGCAGAUAUUUUUCUCUUUUUUUUGUGCUGUAACAAAACAAGAGCAGGGAAAGGUUUUCAAAAUCUACAGGGAACAUUUCCUUAAAGAACACCCUUUUGUUCAUGUGAUUCUUUUUGAAAUGUACUUUGGUGUCACUGGCCCAUAUGCAAAUAAGUAUCAAAAGAGUGCUAUCAAAUGGCUAUCUGCUACACUGAUUACAGGAACCUACAGCCUCAGAGAGCACAUUAGUGGACUCAGUAAGCGCUUUCCAAGAAUACCUAAGAAACAUAGCCUGAUCAUACUGAACUGCCUAAAUGGAGUUUUAAGUGUUGUCAAAGGAAUUUCUCCUAAGGUGUUCAGUGAGCUUAUACAAGUUCUAAUGAAUGGUGUCCAUCACUUGUCAGAACUGCCUGAACUGGACAAGUCAAAAGAAAACCAAAUAUUCUGCUUUUUGAUGCUAAAAAUACUGAACAACAUGAUACAAAAAACAUCUCAGAUAAGUGAGCACAUAAACUAUCCUGUCCUUGAGAUAUUGUACAAAGGUCUAAUACCACUCACACCACAAGUGCUUUUAAGUGGCAGUGCAAUGUUGACUUCUUGCCUUCAAGAACUUGUCUCCAGUUUGCUUUCUUUCACAGAAACACUAAUAAAUGCUGCAGAUAAAAGGAUGGAUGAUGAGACAAAAGACAAACUACUCAAACUGAGCAGAUCACUCAGGCAUGAACUACCAGGUACAGGUGUAGCAGAUUAUUAUUGUGAAGAGCUUGCUGCUUAUUCAAAAAGCAGGGGAAAAAAGAAAAGAAAGUAUAAGAAAGAAAUCUACAAAGAGACACAAGAAGGUGAGCAUCAAGAUGAAGAGAAGCAGUCAUUUCCAGGAAAUGCAAUGCCUCACAUCAAAGAGUCAAAUUCAUGUGCACAGCCACUCACAGAUCCUGUUGAGAGCCCAACAGUGCCAAGAAGGUGGCAUCAAAUCAGCCAUCGUUGGAGGCCCAAACUUGAGAAGCUUGCUAACAUUGAUGCUAGUGAAACCUACAGACUUGGAAAUCUUACUCUUGUACUCAGUGAUGAUUUUAAGAUUGCUAAAGGAAGUGACGGAACAGAAGUUUUUCUUGGUCUGAGGGAUGAUGGCUUAGAAGUAGCUGUGAAACGGAUGAUUAAGUCUAAUUACAAAUUACUAAAAAAUGAGGAGGUAUAUUUAUGACUUCCACAACUUGAUAGUCCCUCCAUUGUGCGAUAUGUGGACUUUGCAGAAGAUGACAGUUUUGGAUACCUUGUCCUUCAGCUGUGUGAGUACACACUGGAAGAAUACAUCGAAGGGCACUUACCAGCUGACAAUGCUAAAAUGGCAGAUGUUCUGAAGAAACUUGUGAAGGGAGUGCUCUGCAGCUUAAAGGUUAUACACAGCCAGGAAACCAAAGUGCUCCACCGGGAUAUCAAACCCCAGAAUGUUCUGAUUGACAUAACUGGAAAUGCUAGAUUGGCUGAUUUUGGCAUAAGUCGUCAGCUGAACCUUGGCCAAACUACUUUACGAACAACCAAUGCUGGAACUAAAUGCUGGAAAGCAAAGGAGGUCAUAGAUGUCGAGGGCAAUAGAGGAUACAAGAGGAGAUCGGACAUUCAGGUUGCUGGGAUGUUGGUGUACUAUAUUCUCUCUAGAGGGCACCAUCCUUUUGGCAAAGAUCCAUUUUGUGAAGUCAACAUUCUACAAGGAAAUUAUUCACUGGAGCACCUGGAUGAUGAGGUGGCGAAGGAUCUUGUGGAGUGGAUGAUCAAUGAAAAUCUACAGGAGAGACCAACCGUGGAGCAGACCCUUGCACACCCAUUCUUUUGGUCUGAUGAGAGGAGAGUGGAGUACUUAAAAAAAAUGGGGAACCAGAAGGAGGUUGAGAACUGUCGUAAUGCUGAUGAGGAGCUCCUUCAUGCCAUUAAAAAAUACACAGAGGAGAAAACCUUUUCUGCAUGGAAAACUAAAUUGCCAUUGGAGCUCAUACAGAAAUUGGAUGGAAAGAAGAAAGCCUAUCCUGAGAACACACUGGGCCUUCUGCGUUUUGUUCGCAACUUGUAUGAGCAUUAUCUACAGGAUGCAGAGGGCAUCAACCUGAUGGAGUUAUUCCCCGAUCUCUUUGAGAGUGUGUUUAGGUUUGGCAAGGAGAGAGGAUGGAACUCCAGGCAGAGUCUGAGAAAGUUAUUUAGCUCAGUUCCUCAGAUUUGAUUUUUGUCCUGUCUGGAUUCACUACAAUCUUUGAUUCUGCAUCAUUGAUGUAAAAGAAAAUGAAAAAUUUAAGUUGAUGACAGCAGGGGCAUUUCUUAACUUGUAUUAUUAUUGGGGCAUAAGCAACCUAUAGAAUUCUGAAAGUGUCACCUUAUUUCCUAGGUAGGUCCACAGGCUCCCUUGGGAGAUUUUUUAUUUUUUUUUCAAAAGCAUUAAAGCGUUUAAUUUUGGUGACUUUGUGAGCAGCAUUUUAUCUUUUUUUUUUUUUUUUAAACUAUUGUGUAGCAUUAUUUUAACUAUUGGCUACAAAUUAUUUCACUGGCUCAGUUUUACAGCUGAAUUUACAAUAGAGUAAAAAUGGUUACUGUUUGGUUCAGCAAUGACAAACUCCAUAUUUGUAUACCUUGUAACAUAUGAACAAUGACAAAUUAUCUUAUACAUGAAAAAUCUGGGAGUCCUUUUGGACAGUGCACUAAAACUGGAUAGACAAGUUAAUCAGGUUGUAAAAGCUAGUUUAUAUCAAUUGCGAGCCUUGGUGAAAAUGAAGCCUUUUCUC